ACAAGGCCGGCCGGUCGGGUUCCAUGUGAAUCCCUAUCGAGGAUCCUGUGAGCCGCCGGCCGUUUCCACUGUUUAUUUAUGACCGCUUGAUCUUACACGCGCGCGCGCAGUGUAUAUAUACGCGCUCCCGGUCCUCGCCUAGCUCAUCGUACUCUCGCUCUGCUGGCUUGCUCUGCUUCUCCCCUCACAUACCUUGCUCCUCUUCAAUCGUCAGUCCCUUGAUCUACCAUAUAUGCUGUAGUGUGAUUUCUUUUGGCACCGGUUUAUGAGGAGGUUUACUCGCGUUGGUGUUCGGAGGGCGCUCGUGCUGGUCCUUGUGCUGGCCAUGGGCUCGUGCGUGACCCAUGGCGUCAGAGCAACACCAAGUGCGUCGGGUUCAGCUGAUAACGCCCUGCUGCCACCUGGACCUGGUUGUAAGAUGACACAGUCUGCAGGCCAGGCACCAGCAUCCCGUCAGGAGCGGCAGGGCCAGGAAGAGGAGGAGCAGACGCAGAAGGAAGCAGAGAGGGCGGUGACGGGGUCGCGGCUCCCGGACUGCGAGCACGCGUGCGGGCCGUGCGCCCCCUGCAAGCGGGUCAUGGUGAGCUUCCGGUGCGCCCUGGCCUCCGAGUCGUGCCCCGUCGCCUACCGAUGCAUGUGUCGCGGCAGGUUCUUCCGCGUCCCGACACUCUCGUCAGCAGCUCUCCCACCGUAAUCUUCAACGCGGGCAUAUGGCAGUGAUGCCAUGAACGACGGCCGGACUACUCGCUUUUAUAUGGCAUCUGGUUAAUUUUGCGCUCCUUGGUAAUCUAGUGUUCAGAGUGAACCUUGUGGUUCGUUCUGUAUGUAAAAAUUAGUGUGCCCUGAGAUUGGCAAUCAGUGUUGUAUAUGAUUCCAGACGGCGGGAGGUUCUUAUCUUUUAGUAAAAAACAAGAGUAAAUGAUGACUGGAGUAGACGUCAGAACCGCUAACUCGGAAGCUCAGAAAGUUUGAGUAGGUACUUCGCAUUAUCACCGAUCAAGUGUAUGUGCACGUACAAUACACUACAGGAAUCUGUUCUGCCAUCACAGCCCUCACACA